UCGGUUCCAGAACAUAGCCGUGCACAGCAGAUAAAUAGUUUGGUGGUUAGUUCUUUCUUUUCUCCUGUUUUAAGUCGUUGCCUGUCGUGUCGUGUUUUUUUUGUUUUCGUCUUCCCGGUGUUCUUCUUCGCGGUAAUCGAUACACAUCCGACUAGCGAUAACCGGCUUUUGGGCAAAUUUUCGCGAUCGUUAUCGUCCGUCCCGGCUUAGCGGUUCAAACCGGCCGGAUCACAGAACCAGUCGCGAUGCACUUUUGUUGACCGGCAGUUGUGACAUAAAUUCAACCCGCUUGGGGCCUUUCGGGGGAUACGAUCGAAUUUAAAUAUUUGAAUAAUUUAGAUUCGGUGACAGGAAGUGAUAUUUAUCGUCGGGUUAAGAAUAAACAGCCUUCCUUCUAUGGAUCGUGAGAAUUUGUGUGGAUCGGAGCAGAGGAAGACAAAAAGUUGGCGCUUCACCGAAACGUGUAUCUUGGCAUCGGAGUUAUUGGGAAUCAGCAAAAGAGAUUCAUUCUUUAGGGAAAUAAUUGAUUCGGCAUAAGUGUAUAAGUGAGCUAAUGUUAUAAUCCGAGAAAAUAGGGCUCCAUUGCAAUUAUUCCGAAAAUUGUGAGAAAUAUUCGUGGAAGAAUCUACCAAAUCGAAGCGAAGGCACGGUGCAGAGAGUGUUGACCGCGUAGAGAAUUCCAACGAGGGUUCUAUGGGCAAUAGUGAGAUAAAGUGAUCAAUUCCUCCAUCAAAACAUUCCAGAUCGAGCAUCAAUAUGAGAAAGUUAAACUGUUAUCGUUUCGUUGUUCUUCUGUUGGUCUACAUGGAUGUAACCAAUGGUAAGCUCGAACCAGUUCAUCACAAGUGGUCCAGAUCGGAGAUCAUGGAUGCGAACGGAUUAUACCUGCUGGAGUGGACUGUUGACAACAAGGAUAUAGUAUUCACGGUUACAGUCAACACACGUGGUUUCAUAGGAUUAGGAUUCUCGCACAAAAGUGAACGAAUGAGUGGCUCAGACCUUGUGCUGGCCUGGGUGGAUGAUCGCACAGGAAAGCCGAACGUACUGGUACGCAUUUACUUGAUCCAUUCUGUCGCUUACGACUGCCACGGAGGCAAGGAUAGCCGCCACGAGCCCAUCCAGGAUGAUACCCAAAAUUACCAGGUGGAAGGCGGGCACCAAAAUCUGACGCACACCACCGUCACGUUUCGGCGGCCUCUGGAAACGUGCGAUCCGCAUGAUGUUAUUAUUGGGACGGAUACAAUGAAGGUGUUGUGGUCGUAUGGCGACCGGGAUCCCAUUCAUGGCGAUUUGAAAGAUCAUGGAAUGAACCGAGGCGCUCGUCCGAUACAUUUCCUCGGACCGUUGUUCAAAAAGCCAACGGAUCCCCAGCUGAGACAGGAUUUACGCCAGUGGGAUGUAACUGUCAAGAAUGUUUCCAUCGAUAGCAGCAUGGAUACGCUGUAUUGGUGUAAAAUUUUGAAAGCGCCCACAUUACGUGAGAAGCACCAUAUCAUCGGUUACGAGGCGAUACUUACACGAGAGAGCUCCACCAAACAACCACUGGUUCAUCACAUGACGUUAUUCGAGUGCUCGCCUAACUCUUACCCGGGGGCCGAUCCGAACUCCUGGGAUGUUUGGGUGAAAAGUAACGGAGCGGUCUGCAACAGCAAUCUUCUCACUCCACAUGAUUGGGACUCGUGCGUGACACCGGUGGCGACGUGGGGCAUUGGAGCUUCGGGACAAUUUCUGCCGGAACACAUCGGUAUUCCGAUCGGAGGCAACAAGGCAGGCGCCAGAUACUACAUGCUAGAAGUUCAUUACGAUAACCCGAGAUCCAAACGCGUACUGGACCAUUCUGGAUUUCGAAUGCAUUACACGAGACACGUGCGGCAACAUGAUGCCGGAAUGAUGAUCUCAGGAGUAUCGAUUUCCGAUACGCAGAUGAUUCCACCGGGUCAGAAACUGUACCGAAAUGUUGGAAUUUGUGGACCAUCAUGCACUGGGGCUGUUUUUCCAGAGGAAGGGAUCAACAUCGUAUCCGCCGCACUGCAUUCACAUGUUGCCGGACGAAAAAUGAAACUGAGACACGUGCGAGAGGGAAAAGAGUUGCCACGCAUUGUGGAAGAUGAUUACUACGACCACAAAUUCCAACAGGUUCGUCAGCUUGCUAACGAGACCAAGAUAUUGCCAGGAGACUACCUGAUCACAGACUGUGCGUAUGAGACUAUCGGCAGGAAACGACCAACACUCGGAGGUUACUCCACCAAACAGGAAAUGUGUUUAUCCUUCAUCACGUACUACCCUAGAAUAGAUCUCGCUGGUUGCUACAGUAUGACACCGGUGAAGGAAUUCUUCGAAACGUUCGGAGUAUUCCAGUUCUAUUCAAUGAACAUGACCGAUGUGGAAAAUUUGUUCCUUUACAAUGGGAACAUCGUUGAUCUGCUUCCCACAACAGUGUUCCCCAACUUCACUCCCGGGGGAGACAUCAACGACGAGCAAAAUCAGAUAGCUAUCAAGGCCCUGCAGAAUGCCAAGGAGUACAGCAUUGUGGAUGAGGAGGACUUACUGUACAAAGAAUCAAUUCUGAAUAAGCUGAUCAUUUCCGACCCGGUGGAGUUCCAUGAUCGAACAUUUUUGUCGCAUCUGAAUCAGUUGCCCUGGCAGGAACCACUUUUCACGAGACGAGUUGAGCAAAGUAUCUUAACGGGAAAACACAUGACAUUCUGUCGGGUAUCAAAUGAUUCGAUAUCUGUGGCGGCGGAAAUCUUCAAAUAUCCAACCUUUGACGCUUUCGUGAAGCCACCCAGCCAUUGUCCGUAUCAUUUGUUCAUGGAGUUCAAUCAAUCGUCGAAAGCAAAACGGCUGUCCAGUACAAAGGCGCUGUUACUCCUGCUACUGUUGCUGGUUCGACGUUGCCUUUAACGCUGCAUUCUCACAUACCAAAAAAGCAAACUUUCAAAUUUUCUACGGUUGACAACAAAUUACGUCCGUAGUUCACACUUGAUAUCUGCAUGCCAAACGAGGGUUCAAACUACGCUUUAUAGGAUGUAAUAUGAAGAACCAGUAAUUGCGUCACCGUCACCUUUCGCUUCUUUAAUUUAUUACUGCUACUCCCUAUUUAUAAAAGAAUCUUUUAUUAUACUAUCUUUUAUUUAUUAUUUGAUCAAUUAUCUCUCUGAAACUAAUCGCAUUUCUAUUACAAUCUAACGAGUAUUAGUUUUCUCAUCUUAUUUUUUAACAUUUUACCGCCACUAUUCGAACAUUGUAUGUAUAAAAAUAUACCAAAGUUUAAAUAAUAUUAAUUCAACAUUUCAAAUGAUUAAUGUUAGGCAAGUCAAAUGAUUAGUGUAUGCUUUGAAUCGUUCGAAAGUAGCUAGCUAGUAAUAGUUGCACUCGUAUAACGGCGACUGAAUAAACGAUAGGAUAGACCUUGUUUAGUUAAUCAAAUAAGAAUCAUUAAUUUCCGAAUCUAGUUUGAUCCGUAUGGAGCCACUAUUUAUUUCGAUAAUCUCAAACUACAUCAGAAGGUAGAUCUUGCCGCGUGCAAAAUUUAGAUAGUCCUAGAAUGUUACUGUAGGAAGGAUGAUAGGUGUUCAGGAAUCUUUACCGUGUAAAACGGUCUCGUUACUUCACUCGACUGUAAAUAAAACUAGCGCUAAGGUCUCAUCGCGAUUAUUUCAACAUAAUUCUAUAAUAUAUUCUGUUAACAUCGCUCAACACAACACAUUGUAAAAGAAAAUAAAGAAAAUCGCUGUAUGUUGUAGUUGAAUCCAAUAAAUG